AUGACCAAGUUCGGGUCACAGACCAGUACCUACAAUAGGCUGGUGACUGUCUUUGUGGCCAUUGGUUCUAUGACCUAUGGCUACUGUGCUUCCAUCAUCGAGGGUGAGCCUGGCUACGCUGCAAUCACAACACCAGCCAUAUCGACGGCAAAUGGUGUCUUCAGUGGUGGUGGCGCGGUCGGCACUCUCUUCAUGAUGUGGGCGUGCGAUCAAUUUGGUCGAAAAGUCUGCAUUCAAUUGGGCGCGUUUUUCGCAAUGUUUGGUGGAGCGCUUCAAGCUGGUGCAAACUCGCUAGAUAUGUUCCAAGCCGGGCGAUUCCUGUGCGGCCUCGGUAUCGGCAUUCUUGUCACUGUUUGUCCGAUGUACCUUUCAGAGAUGUCGAGUCCCUUGCGUCGAGGCUGGUUGGUUGGACACCAUGCGAUAUUUUUGGUAUUUGGAUACAUGCUUGCGGGGUGGGUGGGCUUUGCAUGCUAUUACGCUGAGAAUAUUCCUGCGUUUGGCUGGCGAUUCCCUCUCGCUCUUCAAUGCCUCCCACCACUGGUUUUGCUUGCUGGUUCUCCGUGGCUUCCUCGCUCACCUCGUUGGUUGAUCUCAAAAGGAAAGCUCGACGAGGCCCAGCAUGUCCUUCAGCGCCUGCGGGAGUCCCCCGAUGACCCUGAUAACCUUGCCGCCAAGGAAGAGUUUUUCCAGACCAAGGAGCAGAUUAGACUGGAGGCUGAGAAGAUGACCGAGUAUGGCAGUCCAUGGGUGGCUGUGAUCAAGAAGAAGUCCUACCGCAAGCGCAUGAUUAUUGGAUUCCUUACACAGUGGGGAGCGGAAUUUGGUGGCCCUCUUAUCAUCAAUAACUACGCCGUGCUUCUGUACACCAACCUUGGUAUGAAGGAUGGUAUGCCUUUGCUGCUGAGUGCUAUCUGGCUGACAACGGCCGGUCUGAUAUAUAAUCCUCUGGGCGCUUGGCUCCACGACCGAGUUAAUUCUCGCCGAGGCAUGUACAUUACUGGCUUUAUCGGCAUUAUUGUUACCACCUCGUGCCUUGCGGCUAUGACUGCUGAGUACGCUGGAACAACCAACAGGGUCGGAAAUGGCUUUGGCAUCCUAUUCAUCUAUCUUUACUUGGCUUUCCAAGGUACGUUCUGUGACACGACAAUGUACCUCUACGUUUCGGAGAUCUUCCCAACCGAGAUCCGCCCAAUUGGCAUGGGCUUCUCCUUGUUCGGCCAGUUUGCUGCCACACUCAUUCUGCUCGAGACCGCCCCCAUGGGCUUCAACAAUGCUGGUUGGAAAUACUAUCUUGUCAUCAUUUGUUGGUCGGUAGUCUUCAUUCCGGUCAUCUACUUCUUCUUCCCGGAGACUGCCCGUUUGACCCUGGAGGAAGUUGCCCAAAACUUCGGUGAAGAAGUUGCGGUUCAUCUCACGGACGCCACUGAUGAAGAAAAGGCUCAACUCGAUGAGAAGCUCGCUCAUUCAAGUGGUGCUAUCUUUGAACCCUCGGAGACAUCAGUACCUCCCGAUGAUGGGGAGGGCGCAGUCACUGCCCCGGUAUCCAAAGCCUAG